AUGCUUGCUCAUAUGCAAUCUGUGCUUGAUGAAAGGGCGUGUUUAUAUGAAGAGGAACGUUCUGAACUUUUGCUGGCUCUUGAAAAUGCUAAGUCCGAAAUUGUAGAGAAGGAAGAAUUGUUGAGAAAAUCUAAUUCUGACAAAGCUGAUGUAAGUGCUGGGGACAGGAAGACAACUCUGGAUAACAGCAAUGAAAUUGAUAUAAUCAAUCAAUUGGAGAAAGAAAAAGAAGCCUUACAGAGAGAAAUUUUGGCUAGCAAAGAAGAUGCAACAAAAAUUCAAAAAGAAAGGGAAGAGCACACUAAACUUGCAGCAGAUUUUGAUGAGCAGAAGAAACAGCUUGAGCAUCUUAAAGAGGAACAUAAAGCACUCUGGAAAGUUUUUCAAAGGGAAUGUAAAGAAUUUGACUUUAAUCCGUUACAAAUGCAUCCUCCAGAGGAAGAGAUGGCUUCAUGUAAAGCAGUACUGGAAGAAGAGGAAAUUGAUCUGAGGAAUUUGGAAUCAGAUAAACCAAGAAGUAAGGUUCAGGUUGCAGCCUUAGAAGAGUCAGAAAACUUAAUGGCAAGUAAAGACAUUGAGUUAGAAGCACUAAGACAUGAUUAUGCAGAACUUCAGGAAGAAACAGAAGCGCUAAAGAAAGAGUUGAGAAAGGUAUCAGUUGAAUUUGGUGACAGAAGAGUAGAAACAGUCAACUUCAACUCAGUGAGGCUGCAGGAGCAGUACCAGGAGCAACAUAAAGACAGCAUGUUGGAGGAGAUAGGUCAGCUGCAGAAAAAGCUGGAAAUGUAUGAGACGGAAGCUAUGGACCUUAAGACAGUACUUGAACAUGUGAAUAAUGAAAAGGAUGAACUUAUUAAAAAGAAUGAAGAGGAUUGUAAGGUGAGCCAGGAGAAACUGGAAAGGCUGAGAAAGGAAGCUAAGAGAGAGGUUGCAGAAAAGAUUGAGGAAAUAGAGGCAUUGCGUUGUUCGUUUUUGGAUUUCAAAGAUAAGGCUGAUCUGGAAAAGGAAGCGUUGAAAGAUGCUGUAAAGGAAGGUCAAGAAGAAGCCCACCAUUACAGAACAGCAUUUGAGGAAAUAAAGAGUGAGAAAGAGAAAAUUAUCAGUCAUUUAGAAAAGUCCAAUUUGGAGCUAAUUAAUGUGAGAAGGGAGGUAAAAUAUAUCAGUGAAGAAAAUAAAAAGCUCUUGACAGAGCUACAGAUACUACAAGAAAAGGCUGGGAUAAGCAGUCCUGUGAUGUCAUGCAAAGAAUUUAAGGAAGAAAAUGAUGCCGAAAAGGAAUUGGGACAGUCAGAAAUUAAUUUGCUGCAAGGAAAGUUACAGGAUAAGGACACCUGUCUUCAACUCUCAGAGACUGAUUAUUCCAGAAAAGCUGAACUAAAGGAAACCACAGAAUAUGAGAUUCAGAAGCAAUUGCCAACAGCUGAAGAGCGACCAGUAAAACCUGCAAGUGUAAAUGACUCAAAGGCCCAAGAGCAAGGAGCUGCAGCAGCAGAGAAGUCCAGAGAGCGCCUCCAGAGAAAGCUACAUGCAGCUCUAAUAUCACGGAAGGAAGCCUUGAGAGAAAACAAAUGUCUAAAAGACCAGAUUGAUAAAUUGCUUUUGGAAAGAGAGGAACUAGUGAACAAGACAAGUACACUUGAACGUUUGGUGUCAGAGCUUCCUGGAGAAAAGGAAAAUUCCAAAGCAGCUUCUCCGUUGUAUGAAGAGGAGAGCCUUGUUUCUGAAAAUGCUCGACUUCUAGCUGAAAAUGAAAACCUAACUGCUGCAUGUGAAAGUCUUAAAUCUACCAUGGAGACUAUAGUUCAGGAAAAAGAGGCCUUUUCUUUCCAACUGACUACUUUAAAAGAUUCUCAGACAGUUGAAUUGACAGGAUGGAAGGCUAAGCAUAGUGAAUUAAAGCAAGAAUAUGAAUCACUUCUUCAGGCAUAUGAAAAUAUCAGUAGUAAAAUAGCAGAUAUGAGGCAAGUUAUUGACCUCACUAGAAAAGAGAAGCUAGAGGCUAUUCAAAGACUCAGAGAAGGGGAAUCUGAGAAGGAGGCACUUAAGGAGCAUUUUCAAAAACUCACUGAUGAAAAUGAAGUUAUAAAGAACCAGCUGAAACAGCUCAGUGAAUCCAAAAAAAUGGAAGCUGACGAAUUACAGAGUAAAGCACAAAGGCAACUACAGGAGCAAGAGGCAAGGAUGGAAGAACAUCAGGAUCACCUUCAUGAACUCACUCAUCGUAAUUAUCAGCUAAUGGAGGAAAAUGAGCAGCUGAAACAAACUUCUGAAAGUUUAAAACAGGCUUUAGAGAAAAUUCAGAGUGAAAAUGGCAUCCUUCAUAAUGACAUCGCUGUAACAAAAGCAACUUUGAGAGACCUCCAAGUUCAAAUGGAGGUGUACCAGAAUGAUAUGCAGUCUAAAAUCAGGGAUGCAUUAUAUCUUAAAAACAGCUGCUUUACAAAGCUAGAUGCUGAAUGUACAAGUCUUACACAAGAAAUCGUUAGUCUGACUGAAAAAGUCAAGAUUUUAGAGGAUGAUAAAUGCCUGUUACAGGAGGAAUUAGAAAGUGUGCAAGAAAGUUCUUACAAAGUAAAGAAUGAGAGAGAAUUUCUUGAGACAGAAUUGCUGAACCAUGUUAAAAAGGUUGAUUAUCUUACUGAUCGAUUGAAAUCAGCACAGAUGCAGAAUAACUUACUGUUAGAGCAGCUGGAAGAAUUAAAGGCAGAAAAAUGUAACAUGAUUAGAGAAAAAGAACAACAGCAGUUGCAUCUUGUAAAAGUGUUUGAGGAGAAAGUGAAAUGUGCACAGAGAGACAAUAGUGGAACUAAAACCAAAACAAAAGAAUUACAAGAACUCCUAAAGGAGAAACAGCAGGAAAUCAACCAUUUGCAAAAAGAUUCAAUAAGGCUUCAGGAGUUGAUUCUGGACUUGGAAAGAUCCAUGAAAAUAUCACAGUCAAAAAAUGAAAAAAUUGAAAAGGACCUAAGUAAUACAUCAGAAAAGCUUGCCAAAUCAAAUGAAGAAAUAAAUCGUCUCAAAGAAAUGCUUUCUUUGCAGAUGAGCGUGUUGGAUAAGUCAAAGAAUGAAGUUGACAGGCUUACAGCUGAGAACCUGCGUUGGAAAAAAGAACUUAAGAAAAAAGACGACCAACUACAAAACCAAAAGGGAGAAUAUGAGAGAGACUUGGAACAAGUUCACGAAAGAGAGUGGUUGAACCUAGAGGAAAGACACAGUGCCCUUCAGCGAGAGAAAGACAGGGCGCUUGGUGAUAUUCAGGAGCUGCAAGAGGAAUUAAGCAGUAAGGACUUGCAAAACAAGAAACUUCAAGCAGAUUUGAAUGCAGCUUUGGCCCAAUUGGCCGCCUUUACAAAGUGUAUGUCUUCUCUUCAAAGUGACCGGGACAGAGUCAUCGGUGAAAUGCAAAACUGGGAAAUGCAGUUUAAGGAGGUAAUUCAAAGUAAAGAGAAACAGAUUGAAGACUAUAAUAAAAGGAUCUUGACUUUACAAGAUGAAUUGAAAGACAAAAUGGCUGAAAUUCAAGAACUGAAUAUCAAAUAUUCUGUGGCGGAGGACACACAGGCUGAACUGUAUUCGAGGCAAAAAUCUGUUGAUAAACAGUGCCAUGAAGAGCUCUGCCGCGUAAAGGAAGAAAAUAUGCUUUUUCUCAGCAGGCAGCAGGAGCUGGAGAGUGUUCUUCAGUCAAAAGAAGCAGCUUUGCAAGCACUUCUUAUGGAGAAUAAUUCUCUUACUCACCUCGGAGAGAGCUGUAAAAGUGCAGGAAAAGAGAUAAAAGCCCUGGAAAGUAAUUUUACUGGGAAAGAACAAGAAUUCCAACAACUUCUAACUGAAAAGGAAAAGACUCGUGCAGAAUUGGAAAAGCAAAUUGCCAUUUCUGAACAAAUGAAAAUAAUGUUAAAUAAUAAAGAUAAAGAAAUUUCCCUACUCAUUUCUUCAAAAGGUGAUGAAAUUUCUGAUUAUCUGAUUCAGGUAAAAAGUGAGCAUAGAAAGCAGAUUGAAGAAUAUGAAGUUCAGUUAAAGUCCUUGCAGAUAGAGACGCAACAACGUGAGGAAUCCUGUCAGAGGAUGGAAAACGAACUGAGAAGUCUCCAGGUGAAAGCAGACAGAGCAGGUCAAGAGAAAGCUGCAAUUGCCAGUGAAAUAGAUGCCUUCAAAAAAUCAAUGUCAUCUCUUCAGAAUGACAGGGAUAAUCUUUUUUCUAAAUGCAAAGAGCUGGAACAUCUUCACCAAAGCGUUUUAAAGCAGAGAGACAGUCUUAUAAUUAGCAAUGAAAGUGAAAGCAGUGCUCUGAAGCAAGAAGUAAGGAUACUUCUCAAUCAGAUAGAUGAUCUCCAUUCUGAAAAUGCAAUGUUAAAUGCACAGCUAGUGAAGUACAGGGAAGAUCUUAACCAAGUUUUAUCUUUGAAAGAUCACCAGCUGAAAGACUUACUUAAGCAAAAAAUGGAUUGUAUUAAAAGCCUUGAACAAGAAAAAUGCAGUCUUCAAAAACACAUGACAGAAAUGCAACUGAUCAAUGAAGCGCAGAGGGAUGCCGCUGUGUCUUUGGAACACGAGAAUGAAAAAUUAAUAUCUAAAGUAAAUGACUUGGAAUAUUUAAUUGCAUCAUUAAACAAAGAGAGGCUUGUUUCUGAAUCUGGAGAGAAACUGUUGUCUAGUGGCAGUACUCAGAAAAAGGAACACGUAGCCCGUGAACAGUACGAAGAAAAAUUUCAGAAGAGGAUUCAGGAAGUCCAGGAAUCAGUAGGCAAAAAUAAUAAUGGUGCAGAUGAGAAAUACAAUAAGACUGUUUUGAAACAGGAGCACAGAGCUGCAGCUGAUGAUUCUGCUGAGAAGAUGAUACUAGAAAUUCAGUUUCAGAAUAGGGAACUAAGAUCCCAAAAUGAGGCCUUUGGGAAAGCAAUGACAGCUCUGCAAAAUGAUAGAGAUAGAAUAAUAGAGGACUUCAAGGUACUUCAGAGCAAAUAUGCAUCCAAACUCAAAUCUGAAAAAAGGAAGGGAGGUGAAUUUAAAGCUGAAUUGGACAACUUUAAAUUGCAGCUCAUCAGUGUACUCAAAGAAAAUGCUCUUCAAAACCAGGUGCUUUUUGAUGCUGCAAAUAAUGUCACGCUUGAUCAAAUUGCUGAAGAAAUUGGCAAUCUGUGUAAGAUGUUAGACAGCCGGGAGCUGGAGAUUAGCAGGCUCACAUCUGAGCAUGGGAAUUAUAUUAGCCAGAUUGAAGCAUUUUCCAAGGCUAUGGCCAGUCUUCAGGAUGACAGAGACAAAUUGCUGCAGGAACUUGGCAAGCAGAAGCUGGCUUCUGAGACUAAACAGGGCACGGCUUCAUUAGCCAUUGCUUGCGACAGCAUCAGUGAGAUAAAUUCUCUUAAAAAUACUUUGGAUACCUCUCAGAUGGAUAGGGGAAGAUUGGCUAAAGAAGGAGCCAGUCUUGCAGCCACUGAGAUAUCAAAGCUGAAGACCAAGGUUGAUGAUUUGGAGAGAGCAUUGCAUCAGACAAAGACCUUCCAGGCAGAAGCUGAGAGAGAGAUUGCAUCAUACCAGAAUGAGCUUGCUGGAUUAAGAAUGGAAAAAACCCUCCUCCUGUCAGAGUCACAGGCACUACGAAAUCAAUGUGAGAUAACAGUUGCUGAGAAAGACCAACAGAUUGCAGAACUACAGAAGCUGCAGCAAGACAGGAUUGUUAAGAAAUCAGAAAUCUCUGAUGGGAGCAAUUAUCCAGUCAAGAUAUUAGAAACUGUCUCCCUUGCUGGAAGUGCAGACAUUCCUGAGGAAAUCAAGCAUGUUUUAGAUGAGAAAAAUCAGCUUCAAAAUGAACUGCAGCGUUGUCUUCAGGAGAUACACCAGAAGGAUCUUCAUUUUCAGCAGAUUAAUUCAAAGGUUUUGCAGUCAGCAGAAGAGAAUGCCAUCUUGUCUGCUCAGUUAAAGACCAUGUCUCAGACUCUAAGGGAUAAUCAGCUUCGUUACACUGAUUUGCAAAAUCGUUAUUUAAGAUUGGAGAGAGAAUAUCAGACAAUGCAAGUGACAUCCUUUCAAGGCACUGUUCAGGAUGAAGCUAGAACAGAAGUUCCCCCAGGAGCACCACAGGAAAGAUCAGCAGUUAUUGUUGAGAUAGACAAUAUGGAGCUAAAUGAACUCAGAAAAAGACUUGCAGAGACUGAGCAACAGUAUGAUUCAAUGCAGCAGGCUCUCUCCCAGAUGACAGAAAUGCUGUCAGAGGAGAAGAGGAGAAGAGAAGCUGCAGAGGAGGCUCUUGGGCUCUCUGAGGAGUUAAGUAACAGGUAA